CCACUAAAUAUUAUACCAAAUUUGUGGAGAAGAUUGGUAAUGGCGGCCGAUGAUACUCGUACCGCUCUUCUCGUCAUCGAUAUGCAGAACGAUUUCGUGUUGCCUGAUGGUUCAAUGCGUGUUGAUGGUGGUCUAGCAAUCGUUCCCAACGUUAUCAAAGCCGUUGAGGUCGCCAGACGCCGAGGAUUCCUUGUUAUUUGGGUUGUACGAGAGCAUGACCUACUUGGAAGAGACGUCGAGCUAUUUCGGAGGCAUUUAUAUGCCGAUGGGAAACCAAAACCGACCUCAAAAGGGAGCAAGGGGUCGGAACUCGUUGAUGGUCUUGUCAUCAAAGAAGAAGAUUAUAAGGUUGUAAAGACGCGAUUUAGUGCAUUCUUUGCUACAAAUCUUCAUUCGGUUCUUCUAGGAGCAGGGAUCAAUAGUUUAGUCGUUACUGGUGUUCAAACUCCAAAUUGCAUAAGGCAGACUGUUUUUGAUGGUGUAGCACUUGAUUACAAGUCUGUUACUGUUAUUAUUGAUGCCACUGCUGCUGCUACACCUGAUAUACAUGCUGCGAAUAUUUUCGACAUGAAGAAUAUUGGAGUAUUAGCUCCAACACUUGAAGAAUGGUGCCAAUCUUGAGUUUUGAUGGUCAAAAUUAGAUGGUAAAGAUAUGUAUGCAUCAUAAACUUGGUUUUGUAACUUGUUUGAUUUGUAUGUUUCUUAAAAAAUAACAAUAUUAACAUAAACAAACAUGAUGUAACCAAAUGGCUUUUAACCUAGCGGUAUGUAAGUCCUUGGCCUCCUAGGAGGUCAAGGGUUCAAACCUCACCAAUGGUGAGGAGGGUGUAUGAGUUUAUUUGUUCUAUUUGUUGUAAUUAUAUAAUUCAAAACAAACAAACAUGAUGUAUAUUUUUGUUUUACCGUUCAGAAGAGAGGAAAUAGCUGCCUACAUCU